GGAUCAUCCCUCGCGUGCAACCCCCCGGAGCUCUCCAGUCCAGUCGACGCGCAGCAUACUCCUUUCCGACCUCUGACGGAGAAUUAAUCAUAUUGAUUUCCGACUGACGUCCCUUUCGACCUGCGACCGACCUCCAUUCUCGCUGCGCAGCCUCACAAACCUCCCUUCUCUCCCCUAUUCCACGACACCCGAACCUCCCCCCAAAUCACCGAACAGCGUUCCCUGAGCCGCCGGCUCAGCCCGAAACCACAAUGGGCGGCCUCACAAACGUCAUCAACAUGUGCUCCCACCUCCAAAACGCCUCCCGCGCCCGCCUCGGCAUGACCUCGGUCAUGAACACCAAGCAGAACCUCAACCUCGCCCUCGCCCUCCACCGCUCCGGCUUCCUCUCCUCCCUGUACCGCGGCGGCCCCACGCCCCCCUCCCCGGAAGAUAUGAGCAAGAACCCGGCGCCCGUCACCACCGCCAACGUCGCCACGCGCCGCCUCUGGCUCGGCCUCAAGUACUGGAACAACGAGCCCGUUCUCAAGGGCCUCAGCAUGGUCACCAAGCCCACGCGACCCAUCCGCGUCCACAUCGAGGACCUCGAGCUCGUCGUCCGCGGCUUCAACAGCAAGAACGGUCUCGUCAAGGGCCUCGCCCUCGGCGAGUGCCUCUUCGUCUCCACCGACAGGGGCGUCUUGGAGGCGAGGGAGGCCCUGGCCAGGAAAGUCGGCGGUAUUGUCUUGUGCCGUGCGAGAUAAAUUAUAUAAGAGGGGAGAGGAAAAAAAAAAAAAGAAGAUGACGAAGAACCUCCUCCCUUCCUUCCUCCCUCGCCCCCAUCGACUUGGGGAAACGGAAUCAUUUGAGUCGACAACGAUUAUCGUGGCCACGCAGGGGAUGUUGGAGGGGAAAGGGGCUCGAAAAGGAGUAUUUGGGAAUCAAAAAAGAAAAAGAAAGGCACCAUAGGGCAGUGCCUCGAAGCCAUCCAGCGGGAGCCCUGUAGGAUUAUCGUCCUUCAUAUAUGUACAAAAUUUGUAUUCUAGAGAAGACAUGAACACACACCAUUAUGAGCUUCUUCAUUGCCUGGUGCUCGUGGCGUUGUCGUGUUGGUCCCCAUCCCACCCCGGCAACCGAUGACGGGAUGUACACGGCGGCGAUCGAAAUCACUACUAUUACAGGGCGAAAGUCACAGACGCCAGCAGACGAUUUCCCCACCUUUGCUACAGUGGUCUGGCCGUUGGUG